ACGAGCGCCAACGUAUCCACGAAUGCAUUCUGAGGUGAACCGGUAGACUUUCUACCUGUACAGGUGCGAGUAAAGUUUGUAAGUGGGUGUGACGAAAGAAAGAUUACCAACAUUUAAGGUCUUAAUUUAUUAGUUUCUUACUUUGAUGCAAGUGGAUUUAUCUGCAAACUGUAAUUACCAAUAUAUUUUGUGGAACAAACAAAUGGAUUUAAUACUUGAACAAAGAAUGCAAGAAGUAUAACCUUAGAACGAGUACUAUUGAACCAUCACCAGCUUUGCAUGUUCUAGGUCAACAUGGUCAUUGUUACAAGGGGUGACUAUAUUUGGAUAGAGCCUCAAUCCAAACGAGAAUUUGAUGUUGCUAUUGGGGCUAGAGUAUCAUCAGCUGAAGGGCGUGGAAUUCAAGUCAUCGAUGAUGAUGGAAAGGAACAAUGGCUAACACCAGAGAGACGAAUCAAAGCGAUGCACCCAACCUCUAUCCAGGGAGUGGAAGAUAUGAUAUCACUAGGUGACCUUCAUGAAGCAGGCAUCCUUAGGAACUUAUUGAUUCGUUAUAAUGAAAAUUUAAUCUAUACAUACACAGGUUCCAUUCUUGUGGCUGUCAAUCCCUACCAAAUUCUACCCAUUUAUACAGCUGAACAGAUUAAGUUAUACAAAGACAGAAAGAUUGGAGAAUUACCACCUCAUAUUUUUGCCAUUGGAGAUAAUUCUUAUCAUUCCAUGAAACGUUACCAACAAGAUCAAUGUAUAAUAAUUAGUGGAGAGAGUGGAGCAGGAAAAACAGAAAGUACAAAGCUUAUUUUGCAGUAUCUGGCAGCUAUUAGUGGGCAACAUUCCUGGAUAGAACAACAGAUUCUUGAAGCAAACCCUAUUUUAGAAGCUUUUGGGAAUGCAAAGACAAUAAGGAAUGAUAAUUCAAGUAGGUUUGGGAAGUACAUUGACAUUCAUUUUAAUAAACAAGGAGUUAUUGAAGGAGCGAAGAUUGAACAAUAUUUGCUUGAGAAGUCCCGUAUUGUUGGUCAGGCCCAAGAUGAAAGAAACUACCACAUUUUCUAUUGCAUGUUAGCAGGAAUGACCAAAGAAGAAAAACAAAAGUUAGAACUUCAAGAUACUUCUAAGUACUUUUACCUAACCCAGGGAGAAUGUAUCACUUGUGAAGGUCGAGAUGAUGCUGCUGAAUUUGCUGAUAUCCGAUCAGCCAUGAAAGUUUUAAUGUUCUCAGACUCUGAGAUAUGGGAAAUAUUAAAAAUUUUAGGAGCUCUCUUACAUCUUGGUAAUAUAAAAUACAAAGCUACUGUAAUAGACAAUUUGGAUGCUACUGAGAUUAUCACCUCUAACAGUGUCAUGAGCUCUUCUAAAUUACUUGAGGUCAACACUCAACACCUGAUAGAUGCAUUGACAACUCGAACAAUCUUUGCUCAUGGAGACACUGUAGUGUCAACGAUGAGUUCACACCAAGCACUGGAUGUACGUGAUGCUUUUGUGAAGGGUAUCUAUGGUCGCAUGUUUGUGUGGAUUGUGAAUAAAAUUAAUUCUGCAAUCUACAAGCCUAAGUCCACUUCAAACAUUUCACGAUCAUCAAUCGGAGUUCUUGACAUAUUUGGCUUUGAAAACUUUAAAGUGAAUAGCUUUGAACAAUUCUGCAUAAAUUAUGCCAAUGAAAACCUGCAACAGUUUUUUGUUCGUCACAUAUUUAAACUGGAGCAAGAAGAAUACAACCUGGAGGCUAUUAACUGGCAGCAUAUUGAGUUUGUGGAUAAUCAGGAAGCACUGGAUCUGAUUGCAAUUAAACCCAUGAAUAUCAUGGCACUAAUUGAUGAAGAAAGCAAAUUUCCUAAGGGAACGGACCAGACUUUACUAAAUAAGCUUCACAAGACUCAUGGUAAUAACAAGAAUUAUCUAAAACCAAAGUCAGAUAUUAAUACAUCUUUUGGGCUCAACCAUUUUGCUGGUGUUGUUUUCUAUGAUACUCAAGGUUUUCUUGAGAAGAAUAGGGACACUUUUAAUGCAGAUCUGAUGCAGCUAAUUCAAGUAGCCAAUAAUAAGUUCCUUCAAAAUCUUUUUAUACAGGAUAUUGGAAUGGGAACUGAUACCAGGAAAAAAGCACCAACACUGAGUGCACAAUUUAAGAAGUCACUUGACUCUUUGAUGCGAACACUUGGACAGUGCCAUCCUUUUUUUAUCAGGUGUAUAAAACCCAAUGAAUUGAAAAAACCAAUAAUGUUUGACAGGGAGCUGUGCUGUAAGCAGCUGAGAUAUUCUGGCAUGAUGGAAACCAUCAGGAUAAGAAGGGCUGGCUACCCAAUUCGACAUACAUUCAAAGAGUUUGUAGACAGGUACAGGUUUCUUAUACCUGGAGUAGGACCAGCACAUAAAAUAGAUUGUAAAGCUGCAGCAAUUCGUAUUUGUUCAAUUGUUCUUGGAAACUCUGACUUUCAGUUGGGCCGUACAAAAGUUUUCUUGAAGGAUGCCCAUGACCUUUUCCUAGAGCAAGAGAGAGACCGAGUCCUUACGAGGAAGAUCUUGAUUUUACAAAAAGCUAUUAGGGGCUGGUAUUAUCGUCGACGGUUUGUGCGUAUGAGACAAAGUGCUUUCAUUAUUCAACAUUUCUGGAGAGGUCACGCUGAACGUCGCCGUUUUGUUGCAAUGAUGAUAGGGUAUCAGAGAUUGCAGGCCUUAAUUAGAUCUCGCAUCCUCUCUCAUCGCUUUAAACACCUCCGAGGUCACAUUGUUUCUCUGCAAGCCCGUUGUCGAGGCUUUGUCAUUCGAAGAGAGUUCCAACACAAAAGGAGGGCUGUGAUCAAGAUUCAAGCUUUUGUUCGUCGAGUUAUAGCCCAGAGGAGAUAUCGUAAAAUGAAGAUACAGCACCGACAUGUUCUCGAAGCUCUGAGAUUAAGGGAACAAGAAGAAGCCAUGUUGAAAAAACAAAUGAAUCCUAAAAAAGCUAGGGAAAUAGCAGAACAGAAAUACAGGGAACGUCUGCAAGAAUUAGAGUUAAGAUUGAAGGAAGAAGAGAUUGCUGCUAAGAAAAACAUUGAACAGAAGAAAGCAACCAUAAAUGAUGCAGUCAUACGACAAGAUGAACCUCUUGAUGAUUCAAAACUGGUGGAUGCUAUGUUUGAUUUCCUGCCACGAACGGAUUCCACAAUGGAACAAAUGGCUCCAUCAGCUUUUAAGGAUUUGGAGCGACCUCGAGAAGCUAUGUUGGAAGGAGCAGAAGUAGAGGGUUCAGUACCAGCCCCACCUAAAGACCAAGAAGAUCUGUCUGAAUACACAUUUCAGAAGUUUGCUUCUGCCUAUUUUCAGGGUAACAUCAGCCAUCAAUAUCAACGUCGAGAACUUAAAACAUCCCUUCAUCCUUUACCAACACAAGGAGACACGCUGGCUGCAUUAGCACUUUGGAUCACCAUCCUUAGAUUUAUGGGGGACCUCCCAGAACCAAAGUUUCAUACUAUGGAUCGGGACACUACCUCAGUCAUGAGUAAAGUGACUGCUACCUUGGGAAGAAACUUCAUAAAGAGUAAAGAGUUUCAAGAAGCUCAGCUUAUGGGUGUUGAUACUGAUAUCUACACAAAACAGAAAUCUCGCAGCAUUCGCAAUAAGUUAGUGUCCCUGACUUUAAAAAAGAAAAACAAGCUGACUGAAGAUGUCCGAAGAAGACUUCAGGAAGAGGAUCUAACAGCUGAUAGCUACAGUUCUUGGCUUGAAAGUCGCCCUACCUCCAAUCUUGAAAAACUUCAUUUCAUUAUUGGUCAUGGAAUUCUUCGAGAAGAAUUACGUGAUGAGAUCUAUGCUCAAAUAUGUAAACAACUAACCAACAACCCCAACAAAAGUUCUCAUGCUCGAGGGUGGAUUCUGUUGUCUCUGUGUGUUGGCUGUUUUGCUCCAUCUGAGAAGUUUGUUAAGUAUCUUCUAAACUUUAUACGAGAAGGCCCACCUGGUUAUGCCCCUUACUGUGAAGAGAGGUUACGUAGGACUUUUAUGCAUGGAACACGUGGUCAACCUCCAUCCUGGUUGGAGCUCCAAGCCACCAAAUCAAAGAAACCUCUCAUGCUACCCAUCACAUUCAUGGAUGGUAACACUAAGACAUUGCUGGCUGAUUCAGCUACUACAGCCAGAGAACUAUGUGCUCAGUUAUCAGACAAGAUUGGCUUACAGGAUCAGUUUGGUUUCUCUCUUUACAUUGCCCUUUUUGACAAGGUAUCAUCCCUUGGGAGUGGAGGUGAGCAUGUAAUGGAUGCUAUUUCUCAGUGUGAACAGUAUGCUAAAGAACAAGGAGCACAAGAACGCAAUGCUCCAUGGAGGCUGUUUUUCAGAAAAGAGAUUUUUGCUCCCUGGCAUGAUCCUACAGAAGAUUCUGUAGCAACAAACUUAAUCUUCCAGCAAGUUGUUCGAGGAGUAAAGUUUGGAGAGUACCGCUGUGAUAAGGAAGAAGAUUUGGCCAUGAUUGCAGCUCAGCAAUAUUAUAUAGAGCAUGGAGUAGAGCUUGUAAUGGACCAUCUUGGAGCCUUGUUACCAAACUGUAUACCAGAUUAUUGUCUUCAAGCUAGUGAGAAAUCCAUAGAAAAAUGGGCAGGGUUGAUUGUGGCAGCUUACAAAAAGUUUAGGUUUUAUAGACAGUUAGGUAAUCGACCAUUUGUUCAGACUUUCACCCUUAGUACCAUUAGAGGUGAGGACUUUACUUUCCAAUCCCCCAACUCCGAUGAUAUUCAUGAGUUAAUUGAAUUUUUCCUGAGUGGCUUAAAGGCACGGUCACGAUUUGUUAUAGCCAUUCAAGAUUAUACAGGAGAAUCACAGUCCUACUUGUCAUUUAACAAAGGAGACUUGAUUGUUCUAGAAGAUGGUAACUUAGGAGAUGCAGUGGCCAAGAACACGUGGUGCACAGGAAGAAGUGAGAAGACUGGUGAGAAAGGUGAUUUCCCAUCAGAAUGUGUUUACGUGUUGCCUUGCUUAGCCAAACCACCACUUGCCAUCUUGUCAUUAUUUACACUGGAAGGAGCGGAACAAGGAAAACGACUUAUUACCUAUCCUCAGUCUAAUGGGCCUGAACCACAAGACAAACCCCAUACGUUAGAGGAGUAUGCACUUGACCAUUUUAGACCUCCGCCAAAAAGAACAAUACCACGGACAUUGACACUAUCUUCUGCCCGUCGAAAAGACAACGAUCAAUUAUGGCGCCACUCUCGUGAACCUAUUAAACAACCACUUCUCAAAAAGUUAUUGAACAAAGAAGAAAUGAGUCAAGAAGCUUGUUUUGCUUUUAGUGCUCUUUUGAAGUAUAUGGGUGAUCUUCCAUCUAGAAGAACUCGCUCAGGAAAUGAAUUAACAGAUCAGAUAUUUGAAGGGCCACUAAAACAUGAGAUUCUCAGGGAUGAAAUUUAUUGUCAAAUCAUAAAGCAACUGACUGACAAUAAAAACAGACUGAGUGAGGAACGAGGAUGGGAGUUGAUGUGGCUAGCUACAGGUCUAUUUGCCCCAAGCCAAUCUCUUUUGAAGGAAGUCACUGCUUUUCUGAGGACACGUCGACACCCUAUUGCUGUGGAUUCUCUCCAAAGGUUACAGAAAACUCUGAAAAUUGGACAGAGAAGAUAUCCACCCCAUCUUGUGGAAGUAGAAGCUAUACAACACAAAACCACCCAAAUCUUCCAUAAGGUUUAUUUUCCUGAUGAUACUGAUGAGGCGUUUGAAGUUGAUUCAAGCACAAGAGCCAAAGACUUUUGCCAUAACAUAGCUCAACGACUCAAUCUUUACUCAGCUGAAGGCUUUAGUUUGUUUGUAAAAAUAGCUGAUAAAGUUAUUAGUGUGCCAGAAGGGGAUUUCUUCUUCGAUUUUGUACGACACCUGACAGACUGGAUCCGAAAGGCUCGACCUACUAAAGAUGGAGCCAUGCCACAGUUCACUUACCAAGUUUUCUUCAUGAAGAAGUUGUGGACCAACACUGUGCCUGGAAAAGACCGGAAUGCUGAUAUAAUUUUCCAUUACCACCAGGAACUUCCCAAGCUUCUUCGUGGAUACCACAAGUGUACCCUAGAGGAGGCAUCACGCCUUGCUGCUCUUAUCUAUAGAGUCAGAUUUGGAGACAGUAAAAAAGAACUGCCUGCUAUUCCAACUAUGCUCAGAGAGUUAGUUCCUGCAGAUCUGAUCAAAAAACAGUCUCUCAAUGAUUGGAAAAGGGCAAUUGUUGCUGCAUACAACCAAGACUCAGGAAUGAAGCCAGAAGAAGCCAAAAUUAACUUUUUGAAAAUAAUAUACAAGUGGCCUACAUUUGGUUCUGCCUUCUUUGAAGUAAAGCAAACAACUGACCCCAGUUUUCCAGACCAAUUGCUUAUUGCUAUUAAUAAACAUGGAGUCACUUUAAUUGAUCCAGAUUCCAAGGACAUCCUAGUCACCCAUCCAUUUACUCGCAUUUCAAAUUGGAGCAGUGGGAACACCUACUUUCAUAUGACCAUUGGAAACUUGGUGCGAGGGAACAAACUCUUGUGUGAAACUCCUCUGGGAUACAAGAUGGAUGACUUGUUAACAUCAUAUAUUAGUUUGAUGUUGAGUAAUAUGAACAAACAAAGAACAAUUCGGAUAAAACAGUGAAGUUAUAGACAGCUUCUUACUUAGAAUCGAUUAUCCAGUUUACUGGCCAAAAAAAGAAAUGUCUGAAAAGGACUAAAAUUGCACUUGUUUGUGUACAUGAUGCCUAAGUGAUGUCGUUCAGAAUUGAAUGUCUUAUUUUUCUGGACUGAAUCUCUAAUAUUUUAUAUUUACUUUAAUCAUUAUUGAUUUGUUGGUCAGAAUAUUAAAAGCUUUUCAGGGCUUAAAGUAAUCUCUUAUGUUAAUUUUUAUUGUUUUGUAAAAAGUAACAAUUUUCGUUACACCUUUCUUGAGUUAAAUUUCCAUUUUCAUUAGAGGGCAAUAAUCCAACUUAUUUUGUAUUGUGUUAAUAUUAAACUAAUCAUAUCUUUGCAUAGCAGCUGGUACCUGCUGUUUCUGCAUUUAUGAAUAGGGAAACUAUUUUAUUGUAUUUAUAUUGUUCUGUAAACACGUUUAGUUAAAAAAAAAAAGGACAAUUUAAUUUUUUUGUUG